CGGCCUUCAGAUGGCGACAUUGUGCGUCUCAUGGAUGCUGGUGACGUGAUGACGUUUGAAGCGGAAGCAGCGGAAGUUAGGUCUGUGCUUUGUAAGAUGAAGAUAAACAAGCUGGAAUUUUAACUUAGGGUAAGAAGUGAGGUUUUAAAACCGGAGUAGACAUGAAGACGGUGUUCGUUACCGUCGGAACCACGCGCUUUGAUGAGCUGAUCGAAAACGUCACUUCCUCUGAGGCCACACAGGUGCUGAAGUUUCGGGGAUAUGAGCGUCUGGUUCUUCAGGUCGGAAAAGGAUCUUUGCUUCCAGAUGCCGACAGCUGUGCUCACCUGAGCGUGGAGGCUUUUCGCUUCAAAGACUCAAUAGCAGAAGACAUGAAGCAAGCUGAUCUUGUCAUCAGCCAUGCAGGAGCAGGAAGUUGUCUGGAGGCUCUCGGCGCAGGCAAACCUCUGCUAGUUGUGGUCAAUGACAAACUGAUGGACAACCAUCAGCUGGAGCUGGCCCGGCAGCUGGCCAUGGACCACCACCUGCUGUACUGCACAUGCAGCACUCUGACGGAAACGCUGAAGAACAUGGACCUCUCUGUUCUGCAGCCGUUCACGCCUGGACAGCCGAAGAACUUUGCAAACUUUUUAGAUAAAGCCCUCGGAGUGAAAUGACUUUUUAAUGCCACAAUGCUGUGGAUUAUGUUACACAUGAAAGUGCUGACUCUACAUUGUGAAAGAUGUAUGUUACAGGUGUGUUUAUAUGUAUAUAAAUAUCAGUAAUGAGAUCCUA